CAAAGGUCCGGUAGUUGCGGACAUUCCGUACCUCUGCGUUAUUGACGGUGAAUAGUAUUUUGUUGUUGGACAGGCAGAACUUUCCGUGACAACAGUGAUCAAGAUCAAUCACUGGUAGUUUCAAAUUGAAACAAUGUGGUUAGUUUAAUCACAUUGCUGUGGGAACAUGUUUUUUCUAGCUUUUCUAGUACGCUAGGUUAUUAGUAAAUAUUGCAUUCGAAAUGGCUGUAUAUAAAUUGUAGUAAUAAGUUGUGCAUUGGUUACCUACAACUAGAGAGUUAUUCAAUUAGAAAUAUUGGGGGUUGUAUCCUAAAGGUUGUUGAAUAUUAGAUUUAUAGGACUUCCGUAUUUUGACACGUUGACGUCACUAAGCGAUGGAGAUUGCUACAGCGCUCUUGUUCGCAAUUGUUUUUGCCUUGGGAGGACUAGUGCUUGCAGCAUAUAAACUUGGAUUACUGUAUCAGUUGUUUCAUAAGACUGAGACUCAAAGCCCUCGUCAUGGUGGAGAGAGUGUGGCAGAGGUUCUGCGUGCCCAUGGUGUUAAGUUUGUCUUCACUCUGGUGGGGGGCCACAUCUCACCCAUCUUGGUUGCCUGCGAGAAGCUGGGCAUUCGCAUCGUGGAUACCAGGCAUGAGGCCACAGCAGUGUUUGCCGCUGACGCUGUAGCCAGGCUGUCUGGCACUGUAGGUGUUGCUGUAGUGACUGCUGGUCCAGGCCUGACGAAUACAGUCACAGCAGUGAAGAACGCUCAGAUGGCAGAGUCUCCUGUACUUGUCAUGGGCGGAGCUGCUGGAACACUACUUCAGGGUAGAGGAGCGCUGCAGGAUAUUGACCAGAUGUCCCUUUUUAAGCCACUCUGUAAGUUCUGUGCCUCAGUGAGGAGUGUGAGGGAGAUCAUACCUACAGUGAGGAAGGCUCUGGCUAUUGCCCAGUCUGGAACCCCAGGCCCUGUGUUUAUAGAGUUCCCUAUUGACACACUUUACCCCUUCCACCUGGUGUCUAAAGAGUUUGGAGUAAAAAAUCCUCCCAAGGGAAUAAUGGGAAAAAUUGUCACUUGGUACCUCCAUAAUCAUCUAAAUAACUUGUUUGCUGGAGCAUGGGAAACCAGAGACCUGUUCCCGCUCCCUGUACACAUCCCACAGGCCACAGACGAUCAGGUCCAGAAGUGCAUAGAGCUAGUGAGCAGAGCAAAGAAACCUGUUAUUCUUCUGGGAAGUCAAGCAACACUACCUCCAACACCUGCAGACAACAUCAGGAUGGCCCUGGAGUCCCUGGGUAUUCCCUGUUUCCUGGGUGGAAUGUCCCGUGGCAUGCUGGGUAGGGACAGUGCCCUGCACAUUAGACAGAACAGGAGGGAUGCCCUAAAGGAUGCUGAUCUUGUGCUGCUAGCAGGAACUGUAUGUGACUUCCGUUUGAGCUAUGGAAGAGUUCUGAGCAGACACAGCAAGAUCAUUGCAGUCAAUAGAGACAAAACUCAACUUCUGAAGAACUCUGACAUGUUCUGGAAGCCCACUGUGGCCAUUCAGGGAGAUGCUGGGUCCUUCCUUAUCCGUCUCUCCCAGGGUCUUAAGGGCCACAAAUGUCCGGAGGACUGGCCACAGAGUCUCAAAGCAGGUGACGUCAUCAAAGAGAAGGUUAAUAGGCUGAAGGCUGAUGAGAAAACAGACCACCACCUAAACCCCCUGAGGGUCCUGCACCGUGUGGAUGAGCUGAUGGCUGAUGACAGCAUCAUAGUGGCAGAUGGGGGUGACUUUGUGGGCAGUGCAGCUUACAUACUGAAACCAAGGGGCCCACUCCGCUGGCUCGAUCCAGGAGCAUUUGGAACCCUAGGUGUCGGAGGUGGGUUUGCCCUAGGGGCCAAGCUGUGUCGACCUGAGUCAGAGGUUUGGAUUAUCUAUGGUGAUGGCUCACUGGGAUACAGUGUUGCAGAAUUCGACACUUUUACCAGACAUAAGACUCCUAUAAUUGCCUUGGUGGGGAACGAUGCCUGUUGGAGCCAGAUCUCCAGGGAGCAGGUUCCCAUCCUGGGCAGCAAUGUGGCCUGUGGCCUGGCCUUCACAGAUUACCACAUAGUCGCCGAUGGUUAUGGAGGCAAAGGCGUCCAAAUUGGCCGCAAGGAUGAGGACAAACUGGAUGACCUCAUUAAAGAGGCGCAGAAGGAAACCCGGGAGGGCAGGGCCACACUUCUCAAUGUUCUUAUUGGGAAGACCAACUUCCGAGAGGGCUCCAUCUCUGUGUAAAGUAGCUCAGACAGGUUGCCAAGCAAGACUAUGGCUUCUGGACUUGUGGGUUUUGAAACCUACCCAACCUGCCUAGUAACCUGCUUUUUUUCACACUCUGUCAAAUUGUUUAAAUGCUGCCUGUUUCAGCAGAAGAAAGUAAAAAUGAAUGUGCCUGCUGAAUGAUUUCAGAACCUGAACCUCAACAUUUCUGGAACUAAUUCUCCUCAACCUUCACCAGCCUAUUCAAACAACUGUUUUCCUGAGUUUUAUCUUGGAAUUUAAAUAAUUAACUGAUUUGGGUUGUUUUUGCAUAUGUAAGCUAUACUUUGGAACUAUGGCUGGCUUUGAAGUAUCCCUGGUGUAUACGCUUAAUUUAAUGUAAUUGAAUUUGGAUGGUCUAUUGACUUACUUGACUUGGACUUGAAGCUGGACAGUUCUUUUGAAAACAAAGAGUUUUGACGUGUUCUUUUCAGGGAUAUCCAGGAACGUUAUACUAAGCUACAAGCCACCGGAGGGUUUGUAGGGUUAACAAUAAUUGGACUACAAUUGAUGAUUGUGUGUCCUUUUUUGAAUGUACUAUAAGACACUACUAACACAUGCAAAUUGAAGUUCAUUCAUGUUUUGAAUAUGUUUGGUUUUUGGUUUUAUUAAAAAUCAUAGAAUUUGGCCUGUAAUAAGGAAAUAGAUUGGAAGACACCUGCUCUGAUAAGUCUGAAUAAUCUGUCACAGUGGAAGUUUGUAUUUGAUUAUGUAUUUAAUAUUUGCUUGCCCCAAGCAGUGAUCCGUUCAACCUGAUUUGAUUACCCAAUAAUAAUGAUGAUAAUAUCGAUGAAUUGAAUUUGUAAGUCACCUUUCUCACUGAUGAAUAUAAUAAUAAUAAAAAUAUACAAUACAAAACAUA